AAUUAGCAAAACUUGAAGCAAGGCCAUCUGCUUGAAUUAAAUAUUAUUCAAUUAUCGAUGAAACUGAUGGUUUGUGUUAACCUUUUAGAAUGAGUAUAGAUUAUUAACAAAUACUUAUGUGUACCGUCGCUGUUACUCUUAUCAAAUUAAGGGAAAACGUUAACUGCGGCUACACCGAAUCUUAAUACCCUUCACAACUACAUAUUCUAUAACAAAACAGGAUAUUUAAAGAUAUUUAUCAAAAUUUUAAUGGAUUCUACUGAUAAACAAUUUAAACAUAUCAUAUAGAAGAUAAACAAUAAGAGGAAUAUAGAUUAAGAAUGAAGAUAAGUGCGGCGCUCAUACUGUCACUCAGUAUAAUUUCCAUAAGAUAUCAUAGCACAAUGAGCAGUAGCUGGGAACGCAUUCGCCUUCGUGUCGAGACCAAAGAGGGUUUCGAGCCGGUUAGCAAUAAUAGCGUAAGCGCUGAUGUACGCACCAUAUCCGCCCAUAUAUUGGACACCACAGUGGGUCAGGCGGCAGCAAAUGUCAACAUUACCGUUUACCGCCUAGAAGGCGAAAAUAAUUGGCAGAAACUGAGUGAAGCAACUACCAACCAAGAUGGUCGUGUGAACCAAUUAGUGCCUGCAACGCGCUACAAAUCCGGCAUCUAUAAGUUACAUUUCGAUGUGAAACCAUAUCAUACUGAACGUGGCAUUAGCAGUUUUUAUCCCUUUAUUGAAAUAGUGGUGCUGUGCGAACAUGGUCAGCAUUAUCAUAUUCCAUUACUAUUGAAUCCUUUUGGCUAUACGACCUACAGAGGUACUUGAAUGAAAGUAAAAAUAAAUAAAUGAAAGAAUCUUUUAAGAAA